AUGAAUCUCGCUCUCCCUCCAGGAUCUACAGUCGUCGUAACGGGGGCCAAUGGCUACCUGGCGUCACACACCAGUAAUGAACUGCUCAAACUGGGGUAUCGCGUGCGCGGCACCGUUCGCAGCCCUAAACCUUGGCUGAACGCCUUUUACGAGAGGGAGUACGGGCCCGACAGGUUUCACACCGUUCUCGUGCCGGACUUUCGCGACCCCGCAGCAAUUGAAUCUAUACUGGCUGAUGCGGAUGGGGUCGUACAUUUGGUCUCCGACUUCACACUAGGAACUGACAUCAAUGAAGUGGUUCCUUGGUCCCGGCAAGCAACGUUGAGCGUCCUACAAGCAGCUUCACAAGUGUCUUCCAUACGCAGGGUGGUGCUCAUCUCUUCGUCGAUGGCGCUCUAUACCCCAGACCCUGGACAACAGGGUGUGGUGGUCGACCAAGAUACCUGGAAUAUGUCAGCUGUCCUCAAAGCCUUAUCGCCCUCUUGGAAUCUUAAGACGCAGCCACAUGAGCCUACUUCCCAAGGGAUGCAGAAACGGCAGGUCGAGGUAUACAGCGCAUGUAAGAUGAUCUGUGAGUGGGAGGCGUGGGAAUGGGUCCGCUGCCACCAACCUGCCUUCGAGUUCAACACUGUAGUCGCAGCGUUUGCGGUCGGGAGGAUUCUUAUGGACGAGAUCCCAGGUUCGACCAUGAAUUGGGUACGCGGGCUCCUUCACGGUGACCGUACCCCAAUGACUCUUGUUCCACCCAAGUGGUUCGUCGACGUCGAAGAUAUCGCCCGGCUGUUUGUAAUUGCUUUGCUCGAGCCCACCGUGGCCUCGGAACGCGUGUUCGCUUUUGGUGAGUCGGCCAACUGGACGGAUGUCCUCACCAUUCUGGAGCAGUUGCAGCCCGAGAACCCUCUGAUUCCAAGCCCGGUGCCCGGGGAGUUGCACGAUCGCGCGGAGAUCCGGCCCCGCGCGAGGGCGAUGCAGCUGCUCCGCGAGUUCUACGGCCAACCGGGCAUGACGCCUCUCGCCAAUAGUAUUGCGCGCGGCAUUGGCUGUCAGCCAUUGAAGAAUUGA